AAACUGCUAGAUGGUGUGAGUGGAGAUUUUUAUGGAGGAGAAUUGACUGCCCUUGUGGGACCAUCAGGAGCUGGGAAAAGCAUAUUAUUGAACGUAUUAGCCGGGUUUACGGUGGCUGGAACAACCGGUGAUAAGUUAGUGAACGAAGAAAUCAGAAAUGAAGUGUUAUUUAGGAGGAAAUCCUGCUACAUUAUGCAAAAUGACAAUCUCCAGCCCUUGCUCACUGUUGAAGAAUCUAUGGCAGUGGCAGCCAGUCUAAAUAUGACUACCAAAGUCAAGCCCGAGGAAAAGCAAAUUAAGGUGAAUAACAUAAUGAAAACCAUGGAUUUAUGGAAAAACAGAAAAACGAGGGCACAAACUCUGUCAGGUGGUGAAAAAAGAAGGCUCUCUAUAGCUAUGGAACUCUUGAAAGAUCCACAAGUUAUGUUUUUUGACGAACCUACAAGCGGUUUAGAUAGUCUAUCGUCAAAACAAUGUAUUGAAUUAUUGAAGCAACUAGCUGUGAUGGGUCGAACGGUCAUAUGCAGCAUUCACCAACCCAGCGCCACGAUUUUUGAGAUGUUUGACCAUCUUUAUAUCCUUGCUAAAGGGAAAUGUCUCUACCAGGGAUCUGUGUCGAAUCUACUGCCAUAUUUACGAGAACUGAACUUCAACUGUCCUACCUUCCACAACCCAGCUGAUUAUGUUAUAGAAGUUGCCUCGAUGGAACAUGGUGGUAACUUGGACGAUCUCACUGCUAAAUCAGAAAAUGGGUGCAGUCACCAAUGGAGGACAAGAGUGCCAUUUCCUGGAAAAUUCGAUAACUUUCGACCCACAUCAGUACCUUCUGACUACCAUCCACCAUUGCUUCUGCCAAAAAUAGCAAACGUUAAAGUAACUGACUGUGAUACCGUUGAAGAAUCCUUCAAUCAGCGUUGCUAUGGUUCUUAUCCUACCUCGUUCUGCAACCAACUUAGUGUAUUAUUGAAAAGGACUGCCCUCAUUCUGAGUAGGGAUAAAACGUUGACACUCUCUAGGUUUUUCACCCAUACCGCGAUAGCUUUAUUUAUAGGUAUUCUGUACUUUGGAAUUGGAGUAGACGCCUCCAAUAUGCUGAACAAUUUCAAUUUUUUGUUCUUCACCGUCAUGUUCCUCAUGAUGACAGCUUUCAACUGCAUCACCACAACAUUUCCAUCCGAAUUGCCGAUAAUCACCAGAGAGCAUUUUAACAACUGGUAUUCUCUGAAGUCAUAUUAUUUGGCCAUAUCCAUAGCUGACAUUCCCGUCCAGAUAGUAGCCACAUUAAUCUAUGGACUCGUUACUUACUUCCUGACAAAACAACCGAUGGAAAGCUACCGACUAUUCUUGUUUUUAUUUAUGUGUAUUCUAAUAUCCCUUGUUGCUCAAAGUUUCGGACUCCUGAUAGGUGCCAGUAUGGACAUUAAAAACGGAGUCAUAUUUGGACCAUUUUGCUUCCUGCCAUUCACCAUAUUCUCUGGUUUCUUCGUCCAACUGAACGAUGCUCCCGUUCACAUCAGGUGGAUCUUUCACAUAUCCUACUUGAAGUAUGGUUUCGAGGGGUUAGUGCUAUCCGUCCUCAGUUACGACAGAGGAAAGUUCCCCUGUGAAACCGAUUACUGCCAGUUUGUAUAUCCGGAACAUUUCUUGGAAGAAAUGGAUAUGGAUUCCUCACAUUAUUCUACAGCUGUUAUAUUUUUAUUGUGCUUAACUGUGGUUUUGAGGACGUGCGCCUUCAUUGCGCUCUGUUUACAAAUCAGAUACAACAGACAGCAUCGCAGGUAGUGAUGGUUGUAGAGGUAUUAUUUAUGUGAUAGACAAUGGUCUGUGAAUUCUCUGCGUGGAGUGGCACACACGGGGAUCUGCGCAGCCUUAGAUUUAAGACACAAGAUACUAUGUUAAGUUUGACGCAACAGUAUAUGUACAAUAUAGAUAGAGUAGAGAAAAAGUGUGAUGAGAAUCAAGGAAUAUUUCAAUUGGAGACAUUUGAAUCGUCAGUAUUACCAAGGUAGAAAAAAAAACAUGUGACAUCAUUCACUUCUAAAUCAUGCAGAUCCUGUUUUGAAUUGCCUUCAAAU